AUGAAAAUUUACACCGAAAGGUGUACGACAGCGCAAAAAUUGACAGUUCCUAUUUAUAAGAUUUUGGAUAAAUGGUUAGUUGGGAAGAAAUCAUCUGAUUCAGCAUUAUAUUCAGAGAAAUGGAAACAAGAAUUUACAUCACGGCCAACAUGGUGUGAUGCAGAUAUGGCAUUACAACAAAUCAACCAGGGUACAGCAACGGGUAAUCGCUUAGCACUUUAUUUACGUUCCUUUUUUCAAUCAUUACUUUUUACACUUGGCUCAUUUGUACAAAAUUGGGCCUGGUCUGUUGUCAUUAUUGGUUUAAGUGUUUAUUUCAUUUGCGCCUUAGGACUUCAAUAUGUACACAUUGAAACUGAUUUGAUCAAAUUAUGGGUGUCACAAGGCGGACGUUUGGACGAAGAAUUACACUUUCUUCAACGUGUACAACAAAAUUAUAAGUAUAAUGUAGUUCGUGAAAAGCGUUCAGCUGAUUUGGAGAAAUCAGGUAUUCAAGAAUCUUUUGUUUCCAUAAAACCGACGAACAAUAGAAAAGAUGAAGAAAGCUUAGAUGCAAAUCUGGAUAAUGCCUUUGAUAGUCGAUUUCAGGUGGUGAUACAAACACCUGCAACAAAAGGAACUAAUGCUUUAACCAAAGAAUCGUUACUUAAACAUGUUCAAAUUAUAGAAGAAAUUGCAAAUUUUCAGGUGGAAAUGUAUGGCGAAAAUUGGACAUUAGCUGAUAUAUGCUUCAAGCCACCAUCACCGAAAUUAUCUCAUGGACCACUUGCAGGUGUAAUGUCCAAAUUGCUGGAUCGUUUGAUUCCAUGCAUUUGGAUUACACCUAUUGAUUGUUUCUGGGAGGGAUCGAAGCCAUUGGGACCGUCACCACCGCUAACUUUAGGGCCUGAUAUACAUGCUUUCAUCACUUCCUUACCUAAAGGUAAUAUAACGUGGAAAAAUUUGGAUCCCUUAUCAGUGCUGAAAGAAGUUUCGACACUUUUCGAUCUUGGAACAAUCUUCAAUUUCUUUGAAAGAGCUGGAAUAGGAGCUGCUUAUCUCGACCGUUGGUGUAUUGAUCCGUUAGAUCCUGAAUGUCCGGCUACAGCACCAAAUGCUUUCGAUCAUUGCUUAGCUUUCAAAAAAUUCCAAACAUGGAAUAUGGCAAUGCCAAAAAAUAAACAGAUCGAACUGGAAGCAGAAACAAUAUCAACCGAUAAGGCAAAACUGCAGGACGAUGCAUUACAAAUUUUUGAAAACAUUUUUGGUAAAAAAAGACGUAAACGAGAAAUAAUGUCGUCAACGAUUAAACCAAAUAGUAAAAAUCAUACAGAAGAUGAAAGUUCAGAUUAUUAUGCAUAUGAUGAUGAUAAUGAUUAUAGUAUCAAUCAAAAUGCUACAAAAACUAAGGAAGAACUUGCUGAAGAAGAACAAUGCUUACGUUAUGGUAAAAGUUUUUUAAAAUGGUUAAAUAAGAAUGAACAUCGAUGGAGCGAAUUUUUGACAUUGGAUGAAAUGCCCGUAUAUCCGGAUUACGGAAAAAUAAUGACAGGUGGUUGUCGAGGAUUUGCUCGAAAUACAAUGGUAUGGCCGGAAGAUUUGAUAAUUGGUGGUAUCAAACGACAAAAUCAUAAAUUAAUAAGUGCUGAAGCAUUCCAAAGUAUUUUUCUUGUUGCAUCUGACAAUGAUGUCUUUUCACGUUAUAAGAUGCAAAAGUCAGAUUUGAAGCCAAAUUUGAAUGUCGACUCGUGGAAUCCAUAUUAUGCAUCUCAGAUUGUUUCCGCUUGGCAACGAAAUUUUACACAACACAUCUAUGAACAUCGAUGGAAUACAGAGAUAAAUCGUCAGAUACAUCCUCUUUCGGCAACAUCACUAGAAGAUAUGCUAAAAGAAUUUAGUCAAUUCAAAUUUUUGGUUAUCUUCGUUGGAUAUUUUUUAAUGUUUGUUUAUGCGGGUUGGUCACAAUUAAACUGGGAUGGUUGGUGGUUUGCAGUAAAUUCAUCAGUUGGUCUCAGUAUCCUCGGUGUUUUUCUGGUUACUUAUGCAAGUAUUUCCGGUCUUGGAGCAUCUUCCUAUAUGGGUAUUCAUUGUAAUGCAGCUACAACACAGAUUGUACCAUUUUUGACAUUAGGAUUGGGUGUUGAUGAUAUGUUCUUGUUGCUUCAUAACUACAAGGAUGUGCAUCAUACUGUCAAAAAUAACGAAAUUGGUAUACUAAUGAAGGAAACUGGUAUGAGUGUUGUUAUUACCUCAAUAAAUAAUAUAAUUGCAUUUAUGGCUGGUACACUUCUACCUAUUCCAGCUCUAAAAUCAUUUUGUUCACAGACAGCUAUUUUAUUGACAUUUAAUAUGAUUGCUAUUAUGGUAAUCUAUCCAGCAAUGAUUGCACUUGAUUUACGAAGACGUCGAGCUAGUAGACGAGAUAUGGGUUGCUGUUGCAUGGGAAAUUCUGUGAGUGCUAAAAAGCUUAGAGUGGAAUCGUUAGAAUUGAAUAUGGGAAAACAAAUCGUCGGAAGUUUAUCGGUAACUGGUCACAACGUUUAUCCUGGUCCACCACCUUCUUUGUUGCUAAAGAAUGAUGAUGACAAAGAGAAGAAAUGGUAUACGUUAGGCGGAUUUCUUCAAUAUUAUUACAUCCCUUUCUUGACAUUACCACUCACAAAGUUGAUGGUAAUCGUGACAUGCAUAUCAGUAUUAUUAAUUAGCUGUUUUGGUCUUUAUCAAUCAAGCCUUGGUUUGGAAUUAUCUGAUGUUCUACCAGAAGGAACAGCUCCAGCUGCAUUUUUAAGAGCAAGAGAGAAGUACUUCAGUUUCUAUCCGAUGUUUGCUGUUUUGAAAGGAAGUAGAAUUAAUUUUGCGGAACAACAAGAACAAAUCGAACAGUAUCGUUUGGACAUUGCAAAAUCAAGAUAUGUGAUCAAAGUGAACGGUCGUCCAAGUGAAGAGUAUUGGUUAUCGAUGAUGCGAACUUGGCUGAGUUCAAUUCAGAAGCAUUUAGAUAAUGCUAUCAAAAAAGGUGAUAUAAAUGCAGUUACCGGUGAGAUGAAAGCUGAUACUAAAAUUACUGAUGAAGCGAAGAUUGCAAGACGUCUUGUUUGCUCGUACGGCAAUAAAUAUAAUUGCACCGGAAGAAUUAGCACCAUAAAAUUGGUAAAUGAUGCUGGUGUAAUCAAUGCGGAUGGUUUUUACAAUUAUUUGACCGCAUGGUACAACAUUGAUAAUAUGAUGUAUUAUGUUUCUCAAGCUUCAUUUUAUCCAGUUCCUCCUUCAUGGUCAUUCACCACGCAUGAAAAAGUCGUCCCUCCUGCAUUACCACCAGCUUACAGUCAAAUACCAUUCUAUCUUACCGAUCUGAUUGAUACUCCUGUGAUUGUGAAAAUGAUACGAGAAAUUCGUAGUGUUUGUGAUCGAUACACAGAACUAGGCUUACCGAAUUUUCCAAGCGGUGUCGCAUUCAUAUUCUGGGAGCAAUAUCUCAGUUUGAGAUGGAAUCUGUUUAUUGCUAUUUGUGUAAUAAGCAGUGCAGUAUUUAUUGUUAUAUCAGUCGUAAUUUUUAAUCCAUGGGCAGCUAUGAUGGUCAUCAUUGUGGUUAUUUCGAUGACCAUCGAAUUAGCCGGUUUUAUGGGCGCUACUGGCGUUAAGCUUAAUCCGGUUAGCGCAGUAACACUAGUUGCUGCUGUUGGAAUCGGUGUGGAAUUUACGGUGCAUGUUGUGCUAGUGUAUCUUACAUCGUUGGGUAGUAAGGAUGAACGAAUGGCAGCUUGCUUGAAUCAUAUGUUUAUUCCUGUGAUACAUGGCGGAUUGUCCACUCUUCUAGGUAUAUUAAUGUUAGCCUUUUCGGAAUUUGAUUUUAUUGUAAAAUAUUUCUUCAUCGUACUAUCAGCGCUCAUAUUAAUUGGUCUCAUUAAUGGUCUUGUGCUUCUGCCAGUACUCUUAUCAUUGAUAGGACCACCAUGUGAGAUUCGUUUAUUCGAUGAAAAAACUUAUUUACCGGUGCCGGCUUCACUUUGUAAACAAAAAAAUCGUGAUCCAAGCGACAAACAAACCGAUGAUCUAGUGAAAAGACGGGUUGGUGGUGCAUUUGUUGAAAUACAGGUAAAUGGAUCUAUGAGAACAGAUGCUGAAGAUAAUUAUACCCAUCAUAACUCAUCUUCAGUAAUUGCCAAAGAUUCUUUGCAGAAUAAUCAGUUCUACUGGAAUUCGCCAUCGGUAGCUAAUAAAAAUACAGAACACAUAAGUGUUCCAGCUUCUACCCUUUCAACUGGUCAACACAAUAAAGUUAAUGUUAAAAGUAAAAUUCCGAUUAGUACAGUUGGACCACAACACUCUACAUCACCACUUCUUUCAUCAUCAUCUAAUGCUACCUCUAGCAAGAGAAAUAACGAUGGCAACAUUACUCGCUAA